GGGAAACUGAUCCAUACCCCCAGAGAGCAGAUGAAGCCGUUUGGUGUGAGGAGCGUCUUGUUCUCGCAGGGCCAUGGUGGUGUGGAAGUACAGAGACACUGCAGCCUGCUCUGACACUUAAGAAGACUUAUUAUAGUGCUAUUGGCUCUGGAUCAUUUCUCUAUUAUUUAAGUCCACUCUUUGCUCUCCCCUCUCUCUCAAAUACUCCCAAGGCAGUCCAGGGAGCUCCCCCAGUUCUUAUGACUGAUUUUGGUGGUGACGUCAUGCCUCUGUGUGUGCUGUCUCGGAGCAGUCAGAUCCCUGCACAUCUGACCAGGACCUCCAUCUCUGCCAUCUGCACCGGACCUGACUGGACUCAUGCUUAUAUCAAGGGGAGAGUGGUGCACAAAGAUGCUCUGGUGCCACUAGACGAUGAUGACUUCAUACUAAAGGCUGUCAUUCAAGAUGUGGAUUCAGCUCCCAACACUACAUGUCCGGAGGCGUCCAUUAAGAUGCUCCUGAUGGGAUCACUGGCCAAGGACUUCUCCAGAACUGUUAACCUGGGGGAUGUGGUUGUGGCCUCUGGCUUCUCUGUCUCCAAGUCUUCUACAGUCAAACAGAAGCACCAUCCCUACUCUCUACUGCUUUCUGGGGAGUUUGCUUCUGUCUAUGUUUGUAGUCCUGAAGUUAACUCCGUGGUGACAAGGAGGAGGUCUCCUAAAGCAAAGGUGAGUGAUCUUCAGCCUGAAGUCAACUCUGUGGUGACCAGAAACACAGCCUCAAAGGCUUUAAGAGAAACCAAGAAGAUAAAGUACACUUACAGUCAGCUGGAUGAGCUCGAGGUUGGGACGAGGGUCAAUGUCUAUGGAGUGGUGGUUUUCUUCAAACAGCCAUUUAAGUCCAGUGGAACAGAUUACUGCACUUCCUUAAAAAUCACUGACCAGUCCAACCAGAAAAUUGGAUGCAGUAUUUUCCUUGCAAAGUUGGAAGAGCAUCCCAAACUAUUUCAAGUUGGGGACAUCAUUCGCAUGCAUCGAGUCAAGGUGUCCCGCUUUAACGACUCCAUCUCCCUCAUCAACACAUUUGGAUUCUCCGCAGUGACUUUUGAUGGGACGGUGGGAGAGCCCGUGGAGCCUCGGACCUCCAGUCAGAGCUACCACUUUGAUUCAGAUGACCAGCGCAAGGUGGAGGAGCUGAGAGCCUGGUCCUCCUGUCAGACCCUGCUCCCCGUGCCCUGCUCCACGACCCUGUCCACGGUGCAGCCCAGCGCGUACUUUGACCUCACCUGCCAACUGCUCGCCAAAGCCCCCAUCGACUCAUCUUGCGUCCUGCUCAGGGUGUGGGAUGGGACCAGGUGUCCACACCCACUGCUGAAGGUCCUGGUGGAGCCAGGGGUGACAGACGGCCCCUCCUCCUUCUCCCAUGAACGAGAGAACCUCAUCGCCAACGUCCUGGUCUAUGACAACCACGUCGAGGUGGCCAGCCAGCUCAAGCCUGGAGACUUCCUGAGGAUCUAUAAUUUGAGGGCGUUUCCAGGCUCCAAUAAAGUCCCGGGGGUGGCGUGUAGCCAUCCUGCGGAGCAGGACCACCUGGCCUUCCACCUGCACGGGGGCACCACCUACGGGAGAGGCAUCAAGGUCCUGCCCCAAACCAACUCCGCUGUGCAAGAGCUCAAGAGGGUAAUUGAAGGCUUUAUACAAGAAGAAGACAACUCUGCCAUGAUGGAGGUUUGGGGUACCCCACCUGAGUCUAUAAAUACUAUGCCUAUGUCAACUGACAGCAUCACAGAAACAACCUGUAGGCACAACCUUGACUCUGUGACCCUGUCUGAGGUCAAAAGGUCAAAUCCAGGUCAAGUCCAUCAUGUCAGAGUCCAGAUUAAGUCCUACCAGCCCCAGAAACUGCACCAGAGCCUCAAACUCUUCUGUGACAAGUGCUCCACCAUGCAGGACCUCCCAGAUGAGGACCACGUGUUAGGCCUGUUUUCUGCAGCGUCCCACGACAUGGGGCCGUGCUCUGCUCCUGUCUGGGCCCUGUCCGGACAGGUGCAGCUGCCCUCUGAACCUGCAGGGCCCUCCGAUCUGAGCCUGUACUUCUCCUCUCAGCUCAUGUCCGAGGGCAAGAACAAGCAGCUCAUGUUCCUCAAGGGUGCAAGUCUAGCUCAGGUGAAGACGCUCUCAGCCAGUUACCUGAACAUCGUCCCUGUGCGGUCUACAGGAGGUCAGCUGACUCUGCUCGACCUGUCUGCCCCUGUCCUGUUCAGAGGCAGAAGGAGAUUCUAUGGGUGCAAAAAGUGUUCAAAUCCUGCUGUGAGGGAGCCCAGUGUGGAAGGGGUGGAGGAGGUCUCUGGGCAGUUAGUUGCAGAAGCCCUGGGUGUAGAGCUGCUCCGGUACGUGCUGCUGCUGAGGCUGGAGCUACAGGACUCCUCUGGCUCUCUGGACGUCUUGUUGUGGAGAGACGCAGAGUUAUUCUUCAACGUCUCUGCAGCUGAUGCAGCGUCCAGUCAGGAAGCCCAGAACCACAUCUGUCAGACUAUGAACUCUCUGUGUCCACCAGAGGGCAGCAAAGCUCGGCGUCCGUGGCUGGACAUGUGCCUUGUGUCGUAUCAGACCAAAGAUGAUGGAGGCAGUAAUGAGACUGUUUAUCAGAUUUGCCACACCACUCUCUCUAAAGCCAGUCCUGAGCCUGACCCCGCGUGACCUUCACUUGGAGGUCAAAGGAUUAUAAUAAUUGCAAAAAAAUAUGCUAUGAUGCUUUUCUCUGUAAAUAAAUUAAAUGAAAUAAUGUUAA